GCGGUUCUAUGAUCCACCUCCAGCUGGUCCAGUUCCAGCCAGGACUCUGCCAGAUCGGAUCAAACCAGGAGGAAAACCACAUCCUGAUCCAGGAGCUCCUGCAGCUGCUGGAAAAACUCCAGAAACAUGAGCCUGAGGUGUUGGCUGUGGUGGAGAAGAAGCAGAAGGAGAGACUGAGGAUGAGGAGGGACGCAGGGAGGAAACAGAAGCAAGACGAAGAGCUGAAAGAGGCGAUGAAGGCGUCUCUGAGCGAGGGAUGGUCGCUGCUCCUCCGCCUGCUGGAGAGACGGCUGGAGGUCCUGCAGAUGGCUUCAGACGUCUUCGGCCGAGUGACGGAGUUUGCCGCUGGCAUCGACAGAUUAGAGGAUCUGCAGAUUAAAGCAGACAAAGACAAACUGACUGAAGUCCAGCUCUCCUUUGACUUCAUCAGAAAAGAUCUUCUGGGAAAGUCCCUGCAGGUUUUAACCAGCAGCAGCCUCCUGCUGCAGAAGCUCAGGCAGCUGCAGAGGACUGAGGCCCUCCAGAGGACAGGAAGGGUACUGCAGGACGGAGAAGCUGAGGCGGAGCAGAGCUCCAACUGCUCCCAGCACAGCCGAGGCGCGGUGCUGCAGCUGGAGGAGCUGGUGGAGGCGCUGCAGGACCGCAGGAGGAGAGCCGACCAGGCCUUCAGGCUGCAGCUGCAGCAGGCGGAGGCUCUGAGGAGGAAGGAAGAGUCCAACAGAACCGGCUCUGGAACGAGACCCAAGUCUCCCAGUCAGAACCAGAACCGACUGAAGUCUGGAUCCACUUCAGAGCUGCAUCCUAGACCCUGGUCAGAACCAGGACCUCUAAACCAGCCAGAGGUCCUUAAACAUCUAAACCCAGAACCUGGAUCCAGAUUACAAGAACCAGAACCAGAUUUGCACCUGAACUUUCAGUCUAGAUUAAAUGAUGUCAGAGAUCUAGAAUCUGGACCUGGAUCAGCAAAGACUGGCAUCCUGCUGCCCAGUUUUAGAUCAGGACAGACCACUGGAACCAGUUCAGUGGCUGAACUGGUGACCCAGAGAUGGACCCAGUCUAAGUCUGGAUCAGAGACCAGAACCCUGCAGUCUGAGUCCAGCUCAGCUGAAAACACAGACCUGCAAACUGGAUCCAGUUCAGACCAGAAGACACCAGACAGAAAAUACAGACCAGAACCCAGAACUGGACCAAGAUCUGGAUCAGAGAUAAACCAGAACCAACAGCUAGUGGAGAACAGGGACCCAGCGUUAGGUUCCGUUCUGAAAACCCGACCCAGAUUCCAGGAUCUGAACGCAUCUGGAUCUGAUGUAAACCCAGGAUCCGGAUCAGGUGGAACCAACCAAACCAGAUUAGAGACUGAUGAGAAAUCCCAGAGAUCUGGACCUGUACAAAAACCAAGACCGGGAUCAGAGGAGACCAGAACCUUGCUGUCUGAGUCCAGCUCAGCUGAGAGUAGAGACUCGAAAAGAGGAUCCUGGUCAGAACCUGAACCAAAGAACCGACCCAAAUCAGAACUUCUAACAUCUGGAUCCAAAGAGGGAAAAGAUCUCUGGCCUGGAUUUGGAUCGGGUCAGACUGUGAAACAGCUGCUGGGAUCCGGGUCAGAGGAGAACCAGAACCAGCACCUGGGAUCCGGGUCAGAGGAGAACCAGAACCAGCAGCUCGGAUCCGGGUCAGAGAAGAACCAGAACUGGCAGCUGGGAACCCGAUCAGAGGAGAACCGGAACCGAAACCUGGGCUCUGGGUCAGACUGGAUCAGGAACUUGAAGCUCGGGUGUCGUUCAGAUAUUGUGACUGAAACCAGAUCAGAGACGUUAGAACGACCCAGAUCUUCAUCAGAGAUUAGGUUAGACCUACAGAACCGGCCCAAAUCAGAUGUUCUGAGAUCUGGACCACAGGAGACGGAGAAUCUGAGUCCUCGAUCUGGACCCAAGAAGACCAGGAAGCAGAACCAGGAAUCCACAGCAGUGCAGCCCACAGAACCUCUGUUUGGUUUAGGUUCAGUUGAGCUUCAAAGAUGUGGUUCUGAUCCAGACCUCAGAUCCAAACUAGAGGAGAACCAGGAGUCAGGAUCCAGACCAGAGGUCUCUGGAUCUGGGUCCGACCCGCCAUCAGAACAUCCCCAACCUGAUGGAUUCACACUGCAAAUAAACAAGCAACAGAACCAGAACCAGAUGGAGACCCAGCAGAAUCAGGAGGGAGAGAAGUUUAGCGGAGGGAACCAGGAGAGACUGAUGAAGACCCUGCAGGACCUGAACUGUGUCUCAGAACUCCUGGACUCCAUCACCCAGGUGGAUCUGGGUUCAGAGCUGCAGACCUCCAGGCUGCUGGAGCGCUUCAGACAAGCAGAACCACAUUUCAGGUACUGUCCACAACUCGAAAACGGAAAAGAUUCUGAGCGGCGGGCGCAGCAGAAUGAUGUCAGCAGCCGCUCUUCCUCAGAUCUUAGCUGA